UGUUUCCGCAGCCCGGGUGAAGUUUCUUGGUGAAGUAUUCCGCGUACGUGUAAAGCCCUGGCGGGCAUGUAAAGGGUGCCCCUCAAACGGGGGAAGUGUUGUGGCGUGGCUUUCUUCGUGGUGUCGUUGUGCAGUAGUGGGGAGCAAGCAAUUUUGUUUACAUUUGUGCGAAUUUCGUACCGUGGUGUCCCCGAUCCCCGGGGCCAGUGUGUGAUCCGUUUGUGUGUGUGUGUGCGAGUGUCUGGUGAAAUUUCAAGGUUUCGUGAGCGGUUGAGCAGUGGUUGAUUUCGUGCAUGCGUGUGAUCGGAAAGUUACGCAAUUUAAGGCGCCCCGCCGGAAGUUCUAGGGCGAGUGCAGUGGAAUGCCUAUUUGUGUUUCUUCUUUUAUUUUCUGCGUUCAAAUUUGCGUGUGUGCGCGUGUGUGUGUGUGUUUCAGUGCGUUGUUUUUAAUGAGCUUUGUGAGCAAGAACGAAGAAGUGGAAAGGAAAUAGAAUCGCGCGCGCGUUUGUGUUUAAUUUUCACAAUGGAAACGGAAGCGAAUGCCCCCGAGCCAGCGCCAACGGCUGCUAAUGGGGAGGAAACAUCCACCCCGGUGCAGCCACCCGCUCCAGCCAAUGGUGGUGCAGGUGUUGUUGUUGUUGGUGGUGGCUCCGGCAUACAACCGCCGAAGGUGCGAGCGCUGCCGAAACCGUCCGGCAUCAGGCCACCGACGGCCAAUCUGCACGGCGGUUCCACCACAUCGCUGGCCAGCACGAGCUCGCAGCUGACGGCCGCCCCCAGCACAACGUCAUCGUCCGCCGGCGCCGCCGCAACGCGGAUAGGGCGGUUGUGUACGGGGCACACGCCGCCGAAGGCUGGACCACCGCCACCGGAACCCAAACUACCUACUACAUUCGACAGUAAAAUGAGACGACCGAGCGAUUCCGACUAUAACAAAACACAUCUGCCAGAUGUGGACGAAGAAAGCGAAACCGAUCUGGCGUUCGAGCGGCCCAUCUCCGCCAGAUCGUCCCACUCGCCGGACUCUGGGUUCCGGAGCAGUCGCUCCGAUCGUAAGACUUCCAGCGCCUCCACCGGCUCCGACGUGUACUGGGAGGCCACCGGAAGGCGUAGAAGCUCAGAUCAGGGCGCAGUGCUGACGGCGGACACGGACAGCUUCAUCAUCGGCCAGCGCGUCUGGGUCGGCGGCAUCCGCCCGGGCCAGAUUGCGUACAUCGGCGAGACACACUUUGCGCCGGGCGAAUGGGCCGGCGUCGUGCUGGACGAGCCGAACGGCAAGAACGAUGGGUCGGUCGCCGGCAAGCGCUACUUCCAGUGCGAAGCGAAGAAGGGCGUCUUUUCGCGCCUGACGCGCCUAACGCGCGAACCGCUGGCGAAUGCUGGCGGUGGCGGUGGUGACUCGACCGCCUCCACGCCGCUCGAUGCGAGCUUCCGGUCGCUGACGUCACCGGCCCGGUCCGGCACCGUUUCGCCCACGCACAGCGUCCAGAGCUAUGCCAGCAAAUCGCCAGCGAUGGCCGGAAAGGCCGCCUCACUGAACGUCGGCGACCGGGUGAUCGUCUCGUCCGGGUUCGGGUCGCGCCCGGGCAUGCUGAAGUUUAUCGGCGAAACGCAGUUCGCCAGCGGCACCUGGUGCGGCGUCCAGCUGGACGAGGCGAGCGGCAAGAACGACGGCACGGUGGACGGUGUCAGAUACUUCGAGUGUCCGGCCAAGUACGGCAUCUUUGUGCCGAUUGCCAAGGUGACGCUGUCACCGUCGGCCCGCAAAACCUCGGCCCGGCUAUCCCGGGCCAACUCGAAGGAGUCGCUCAACUCGCUGGCCACGAUGAGCUCGAUUGCGACCACGGCCACCUCCCGGCUCCGGAUGAGCGCACAGAGGAAAUCCACGGUCAGCGCUGUGCCGUCGACACCGAAAUCUUCCUUUUCGCUUCAGGAUGUCCUACGGGAGAAACAGAAUCACAUCGAGCAGCUAAUGCAGGAGCGGGAAAUCGAUCGCGAGGAAACAGCCAACCAAUCGAUUAUGUACCAGAAGAACAUCCAACAGCUGAAGGAAAAGGUGACCCUGCUGGAAAAAUCGCUCGCCGACGAGAAGCGCCGCAACGAGGACCUACAGUUCAGCGUGGACGAAGCAACGUUCUGCGGCGAAGAGCUAAACGGAAAAAUUCAAAAUUCAGUACGCGCUCAAACACAAGUGUUCAAAGAAAAAAUAGCCGAUUUGGAGGCUCAGCUGGCUGCUGGCGGAACUGCAGGUAAACCCAACGAGCCAACACAGCCAGGAGUACCACCAGAAGAAAUCAACGCCGUUCGGGCAGAGCUGAACGCCGAAAUCGAUAAGCUAAAGUCGGAAAUACUUGCCAAGGACCAGAAGCUGCAUCUGACCGAAGAGUUGAAGCGUUCGCUCGAGAAUGAAAUCCAGAACCUGCACGAGAAAGUGGCCGAUGCGGAGCGAGCCGCUGCCAGCAAACUCUCCGCACUCACGAUCAGCGAAGAGUGCCUGAAGGAGCAGAUCAACUACCUCGAGCACCGGGUGGACGAGCAGAGCGACCAGCUCACGGUGAAGGAUGCCGAGCUGGAGAAACAGUAUCUAGCGCUCAAGAAUGCCGAAAGCGAACAGGAAGAACGGCUGGCGGCCCUGCAGGAUGAGUUGCGCUCCAAGAAGGAUCUGCUGGCCGAGCGGGACCAACAAGUGCAGCUGCUCGAGCAAACGGUGGAGGAGCUGCGGGCCGAUGUGCGACAGCGCGACCUGAAGACGGUGGAGCUGGAAAGUGACCUUAGGGCGAAGCUACAGGAACAGGGUACCUCCAGCAGCAAGUUGGCGGAGAAGCUGUCCGAGCUGGAGGUGGCACUUGUGGAGGUGAAUGCUUCCAAGACCCACCUCGAGCGGGACCUCACGAACGCAACGCAGACAAUCAAGGUGCUUGAGGAGGACCGCAGUGUGAAGGAAAAGGCGGCCCAGGAAGUGGAAUCGAAGCUAACGGCGAGUGAAGCGGCACUGAAGGCGGAAAUAGCUUCACGACAGGAGCAGGAAUCGUUGGCGCAGAAGCUGCAGCGCGAUCUGCAAUCGCUCGCAACGAGCGGUGAGAGUAGUGCGGCACUGCUGGCCGCAAAGCAGGAUGAACUGUCCAAUCAGGCCAAACAGCUGCAAGAGCUCGAGGCAGAAAAGGUGAAGGUGCAGCAGGAGCUGUCCUCUCUGCAGCAAAAGUUCGAACAAUCACGCACCGAGCACGAGCAGCUGAUAGCGGAGGUACAUGCUCUUGCUGAUGCUGAACGGAACACUAUUGCCGAGCUGCGCAAGCAAUUGCAAACAUCGGAACAGGAAAAUCUUGCCAAAGACAAACAGCUGGAGGAGAACGAGGUGCUCGUGAGUGCGCUUCAGAACGAGCUGAAGGAACUGAACGUCUCCAAGGCCAGCUUAAACCAGGAGCUGACGGCGAUAAAGGCCAGCUUUGCGGACAAGGACGGUACGCUGGCGAACAUCUUGCAGGAGAAGACAGCUUUGGAGAAGCAGCUGGAAGAAAGUAAACAGGAGCUGGCGUCGAAGGUGAAGCAGCUUGAGGAGGAUCUGCGCAAUCGUGAAGAUACGUUGCGCAAAGAGCUUGAGUUGAGUGCGUCAACUGCGCAACAGCAGCUGAGCGCAAAAGAGGAAGAGCUUACGCGGCUAUCGCAGGCAAGAGAAGAGCUUCAGAAGCAACUCGAAGUUGCACAGCAGCAGAUGAAGGAUGUAUCCGAUAAGAUGAAGCAGGCAGAAGACACGAUUGCGACCCAAACGAACGAAUCGCAAUCCCUCAACCAGCAGCUCUCCUCACUUCGCUCCGAGUUGAGUUCCAAGGAUGAGCAGCUCGCUAAGCUCAAUGCUGUUCUCGCCGAAACUGCAGCCCGGGAGGAAGCAGGUGGAAAGAAAUUGGGUGAAGCGGCAGAGCAGUACGGCAAGCUUGAAAUCGAACAUGCCGACCUGCGUCGAAAGAUGGACGCGCUGGAGCAAAAGUCCGCUCAGGUCCAGCAGCAGAAGCUGGACCUCGAGCGGGAGCUCGAUUUGCAACGCUCCAGCACGCUCGACUCCAACUCCGAGCUGGCAAAGCUCACGGACGAGCUGAAGGCAAAACAGCGCGCACUGGACGAGCUGCGCGACAGUUACGAUACGCUGAAGAUUGAAACCGAGCGGCGGGCGGAUGAGAGUGCCCAGGCGAACGCGGCACUACAGGAGCAGGUGGAACGCGUGCGGCAGGAGAUGCAGCAAAUCUCCGACCAGAAGAUCAUCCAGGAGAAUGAGCUCAACACGGAGCUGCGCAAGAUUAAAGAGCUGGCCGAGCAGGAGCAGGACAAUCUGGUACGCACGAUAGCGGAGCUGAAGGUGAGCUUCGAGCAGGAGCGGCAACGCAUCGACAGUGAGCAUGCGGCCGAGCUAGCAAAGAGCGUGUCGGAGCGCGAGCAACAAAUGGCAGCUAUGAAGAGUGAGCUUGAGAGCGCGCUCGGAGAGCUAAAAGCACAGCUCGAGGACGCACGGACUGAGAGUAAAAAGCUACAAGAGCUCAACGAAACUGCUGUUCGUGCUGCAAAGGAGCAGGAAGAGUCGCUUCAAAAGCAGCUACAGCAGAGCCGGGAUGAGUCUAGCACGCUGCAGCAACGGCUGGACGAGCUGCGGCAGUCGAUGGAGCAGGGCAGCCAGGACCUAACCGUGCAGAUCGACCAGAAAGCUCAGCGUAUCGUUGAGCUCGAGCAGGAGCUGGACGAGCAGCGAACUCUGCAGCAGAAACGUUCGGCCGAAGUGGCUGAGAUGGUCGCAAAGCUCGAGGAAAACGGCAAAUCGUAUGCGGAAAUGUUGCAACAGCUUCAGGAUAGCUACACCCAGAUUGAAGCGCUGAAAAAGGCAAAAUCGGAAUCGGAGGAAGCUUGUCAGCAGGUGCAACAGCGGCUGCAAGACCUGAACAGCUCGUACAGCGAGAUGGAGGAGGAGCAGGUCGAUCUCGUGAGUCGCGAGGAGACAUUGCGCAAGGAGCUGGCGCUGCUGCAAGAACAGAUGCAGCAGGCUGCGAGCGAGCAGAAGGAACGGUAUGAUGCGGUUGUAAGCAAAAACGAGGAGCUAUUGAAACAACUCGAGUCUACCUCUUCGGCCAAGGGAGCCACAGAGACUGAGCUCAUUGCGCUCAGACAAGAGCUUGCGACCAAAUCCACCUCUCUGGGUGAGCUGCACGCAAAUGUUGAGGAAUUAAACGCCCAGUUGCAAACGAAGGCCACGCUGGAGCAACAGGUACAAAGUCUGGAGCAAUCGGUUUCUGCCAAAGAUGCGUCUAUACUCGAGCUUUCCGGCAAGGUAGAAGACCUACAAAGGCAAACCACAUCGAGUGAUGCCAAAAUUGUUGAGAAAGAGGAAGAACUUAAGCAGCUCCAGACAGCUAGUGCUUCCAAGGACACACAGCUAAAAGAUCUACAGCAACAGCUAGAAGCGAUGCAGAAAACUCUCACCGACAGUACAGAGCUCAGCAAACGCACCUCCGCAGAAGCAACCGAGCUGCAGGCAGCGCUAGAAAAGUCCCGCACUACCGUAAAAGAGCAGGAAGACCGGCAGAAGGAGCAGCAGCGGCGCAUCGCUGAACUGGAAACCAAGCUCGCCGCACAAGCGACCCAGUUCGAUGAGCUGCUCGAUCGGAAGAAAUCCGCCGAAACGGAGUACUCGCACCGUACGCACGACCUUUCCCAGAAGCUGCUCGAGCUGGAGAGUGCCAAAAAGCAGGAGAUCGACGAGCUGCAGCAACGGCUGGCCGAGCUGAUGCAGCGCGUCGAAACGCAGGUGUCCGAAACGGCCCAAACCGUCAGCAGCAAGCGGGCGGUGGAGAAGCGCCAGCAUGAGCUCGAGUGCGCCAAGAAGGAUCUGGAGCUGCGCGAAACCGAACUGCAACUGGCGAACCGUCGGCUCGAGAAGGACAACGAGCAGCUUCGCUCGCAGCUCGUCCUGAAGGAGAGUGAGCUGACGAAGCUGGCAAAGGCGGCCACUGCCGCAGCAACGGCAGCCGACAAUUCUGGCAGCGUCCCGAACCGGGGGGUUAGGGUCAUGAGCGAGUCCAAGGAAGACGAUUCCGGAGCACAGAUCGAUUUCCUCAACUCGAUCAUCGUCGAUAUGCAGCGAAAGAAUGAGAAGCUAACGCUGCGGAUACAGGCGCUCGAGUCAACCAGUGCGGAUAGUCACAACAUGAGCUUUGAUAUUCAGAAGCGUAAGCCGGCACCGCGCGUGUUCUGUGACAUCUGCGACGAGUUUGAUCUGCACGAAACCGAGGACUGCCCGAAGCAGUGCUCCGACAGUCCGCCGGAAUCGCUGAAGCAUCCCUCGGACGGCAAGGAGCGCAAGGAGCCGCCGCCAAGGAAGUACUGCGAAAGCUGCGAAGUGUUUGGUCAUGAAAUUGGCGAGUGUCCGGACGACGAGACGUACUAAGGCAGGUGCGGCGAGCAACCCGUGCAUCCCGUCGUGCUUAUUUGAUGGAUUUCUUCCUUAUUUGUUUUAGAUUAGACAUAGUUUCUCUCCCCUCUCCCCGUCUAAGAUAAGAAUUUUUGGAAUCAAUUUUACGCACUAGAACUUGUUAUGCAGUUAUUUAUUUCAACACCAAGAGAGGAGGCAGCUUUAAUAUUUAAAAACAAACCGAAUUGCCUAAAAUGUGUGGUUUCUUAUGUUGAACGAUUUCGUAUAGGAGAGCGAACGCGUACGUGUUUUGUGUCUUUGUUCUGCUAUUUUUUAAUUAUUCCCUUAAUUUUCUGAUUGCGUUCGGAUUGAUGAUAAAAACAAACUACCACACACAGACACAUCAACAGUAAAAACAGUAGACAUGAUAGAUAGGAUUAAUUCAAUAUUUAUACUGAAUCCAAUAUAGGUCACACAUUCUUAAACAUUAAAAAGCCUGCCUGUUCGCACACCGA